GAUCGGUUUGUGUUUUGUUUAUUGCUCAUAACCUCGUAACUCGUAACUUAGGUUAAAAAAUUGACAGUAACUUGCUUUUUGUUUUAAAAUUAAUAAAAUAGACUAGGAAAACUUCAAAUAGAAUAUUGGUUUGUAAGUUUAUGUGUUUUAAAAAUGGACCAAUUAAUUUUAAUAUAGUUUUUUUUUGUGAAAUACAAAUUUUGAAAUUCUAGUAAAACUAAAUUGCGGUACCUAGGCUAGGCUUACGGUAGGCUACUAAAAUUUUAUAAAUUUCAAUGUAUCUUUCAAAUAACAGUAAUUCCAGUAUUUCAAUCUCAAAUACUGUUAAAGAUAAUAAUUCUUCUAUUGCUGACGAAUUUUUAAGAUUAGAAAACGAAUUAGUAAAUAGAUUGACAGAUUUUAAUACAACAUUGCUUCUUAGGUCAACAGUAGAAUAUAUUUACAACCCCUUGGAAUAUGCCUACGAUGUUCAUAAAAAUUUUGUACAUAAAUAUUGCUCAUCAUCGAAGAAAAUACUAUUUCUAGGAAUGAAUCCUGGACCUUGGGGUAUGAUGCAAACAGGGGUACCAUUCGGUGAUGUGAUAUCAGUGAAAAAAUGGCUGAAAAUAACUGGUGUCAUAAGAAAGCCUUUGAAGGAACACCGUCUCAGACCAGUCUCUGGUUUUGACUGCAAACGAAUCGAAGUCAGCGGCAAAAGAUUCUGGGCUUUCGCUCAGCAACUCAGUCAUGGAAACCCUGCACUUUUCUUCAGUAACUGCUUCGUUCACAAUUACUUCCCGCUCGUUCUCAUGACUGAAUCUGGCAAGAACGUGACUCCUGCUGAUCUCAAGCCGGCUGAAAAAAAGGAACUGGAAAGUGUUUGUGAUGAGAGUUUAUGUUCGGUGAUAGACUUAUUGCAAAUCGAAGUUAUAAUUGCCAUUGGAAGGUAUACUGAGAAACGAGUAAAUGCUGCUCUGAAGAAAACGCCAAAAAAUGUUCAUGUAGUAUAUAUAAUGCAUCCAAGUCCUCGAAAUCCGAAGAGCAAUCAAGAAUGGAUGCCAAAUGUUAUAAAUUGUUUGAGUGAAAAUGGCCUUUUAAAUUAUUUCCAAGAAACAAAAACCUGGUAACAAAUUUCAUUGCAACUGGAGGAUUGACAACGAAAUUUGAAUUCCAAAGAUAUUAUGAUGGAAGAAUGGAUGAGAGUAGCUCUGAGCCGUGCAAAAAGUGCUCUAGAUUCGGGUGAAGUCCCCGUCGGUUGUCUGUUCAUUUAUAAGGAUGAAAUAAUAGCGGAGGGUAGUAAUAUCGUGAAUGAGACGAAAAACGCGACCCGACACGCGGAAAUUAACUGCAUCGACGAAAUCGUCGCGAAAUACCGCGAUUGGAAAUCGGUCUUCAAAGAGACGCAUGUGGUUGUAACAGUUGAGCCUUGUAUAAUGUGUGCUAGUGCUCUACAUAAUUUAGAAAUCGCGGGAAUCACCUAUGGAUGCGCUAAUGAUAGGUUUGGAGGAUGUCAUUCUGUCUUGGAUACAUCUAAAUUUUAUCGAAAUCCGUGUCCAGUGUUCAGUGGAGUGUUUGGUGAUGAAGCUAUGAACUUGUUGAAGGAGUUCUAUAAGCAGACUAAUCCCAAUGCGCCUGAAAAUAAAGUGAAAAUAAAGAAGGUGGCUUCCUAGAUCUAUAAACUAUGUAAGUAAGAAUUUUGUGAAUUAUUCUCGUCUAUUGAAUCAUGUUUACAAUCUAUUCAUAUUAUGUGCAAUGUAUUUGAAUAAAAGUAAUGAUUAGUAUAAUAA